AUCAGACUUCUAGUAUACCAUUAAUAACAUAUUUAUACAUAUUAUAACAUUAAUAACAUAUUUAUACCAUUAAUAACAUAUUUAUCGCUUAGUGUUCAUACGGUACCUUUUCUCUCUAAUCUUUUGCUAAUUUUCUUCCAUUUCAUAACAAAUUUAUUUUAUUUUAGUAAAAUUGAUUCAAAAAAGUAAAAAAUGAGCAGCAGCAUGCCUACGCAGCAUAAAAACAGAAGCGGCGCCAAGGACAAAAUUGUCCAAUUCUGGAAAGAGUGUUAGCGCCGACCAGUUCGCCGCACCCGCUUAGUGAACCUGAUUACCUGAAGAACGCUCAUCCCGGCACCCUCUCUUCAUCGAGUCAGCCCCCUUCGCACAGAGGUAGGCACAUACAUAUAAAAUGUUGAGUAAAGGUAGGAAAGUUGCUGGCAAGGGGGAGACUGUGGGUGCACACUAUGCUUUUGGUCAACAUGAAGAUGACUUGAUCAUAAAACACAGACUUCUAACCCGCACUACUACCACAAGGGGCGAACCUCCACUAAAGAAACUUCAAAAGAAGUUUACUGCGUUUGCAUUAGAGGUACAGAAGGAAGCCGAUAACUUGGCUGACUGUGAAAGACUUGCCAAGAGUUUCUUACAGGAACUAAACACUUUUGAGAUUCCGCUUCUGAAAAGCAAAACUGUCAUCGAAGCAAAUGUUAGAGAGAAGGAGAAUUUCAAUGACUUGAAUGAUGAAAUUAAAAGGCAAAUUAUACAGACCCAAACCGACAUAGAAGAUUUGAAGAAACAACUGGAGGAGAGCAAGAUAGAGAGGAAGCACAAGGAGGAGUGUGAGGCAAUUAGGAGGUUGAUUGCAGUGCAGCCAGCCAGAUCAGUGACCCAAAAUGUUAUCACGGAACUAGAGAAGGAAAUUUUAGCAUUAGAGGCAGAAAACACUGCUAGUUCGAGAACGUUGGAGCUGCGCAAAAAGCAAUUCGCUCUUUUGUUACAUGUGGUUGACGAGCUUCAAAACACAAUAGAUGAAGAACAAAAGAGUUUGGUUGAGGAGAUGAGGACAGCAAUGGAUGACCAUAAGAAUGGGGUUGUGGAGGAUGAUACUGGUGCACUUCCCGAAGCAAUGGCUAUAGAUUAGCAAAACAAUGCACCUUUGGCUUAUUUGGGCUGUACUUUUUGUAUUCUUAAUCACCUGAUGUUGAAUGUCAAACUCGCAAAUCAAAUCCUUUUAGGGUCUGUGUUGAUAUGCAAGCAUUCAUUCUAGGGUAUUCUCCCCCCUUUUCUUCAAUUUUUCUUUUCCCGGAAAACAGAUGAUUUCUUUUUUAGUCGCUGCAUGAUAUUUGUGGAGCAGGUAAUAGAGCUGUUAAAAAAUGUCAUUUUGUAUGAGUUGAUAACCGAUAACUGUUAUGUACUGUUUGAUUUCUUUAUAAAAUAGAUUAACAGCCACAUUUUGCAUUUAAAAAGAGUAAUUGGCUGACUUUUAUUUUCA